CGCUCCUUACACCACACCUUCCAUGUUGGGUGCCUGAGAUAUUCACUCUGGCAAGCGCCGCAUACAAUGGAGCGCGGGGAAUACCAUCCGUACGACGGCCCGCCGCGUCCCCGGCCUAAGAGUACGUCCAUUCACCCUGGUUAUUUGUCGAUAGCAAAUAGCAAACAUGAUCUACCGCCGCGAAGUCCAUCGCCGUGCAUUCUCAGAUGAUACGCAGAGUUGGUGGUGCGAAUACUGGGAGAGACCAAGGUGUCCGUACUACAUUUGCGCCAUUCAUGGCAAACUGAGUGCGGACUCUCCAGUCGCACUCCAUCUCUCGCGCCGCCAUGGGCCAUGAUCACUGGCACAACAGCCCAGCAGUCACCGCAAAGUAUCGGGCUUAUGCUAACCUGGGCUUCCACACAGGGGCGGUAACCGACUAUGGCUCGACAACGGUGCAAUGGAUGCGCAACCGGCGCCCGCGCUACAAGAAUGCACCGGUUCCAGAGAUGGAGCGGCCGAGCGCCAGCUAUAUCGUCGACAUGGAACCGCCCGCAGCCCGAGUCGCCAGCGCCGCCGAAUCCAUCCCCGCCAAAGCGCUCCAUUCUUCCCUCAACAAGGUCAAACAUCCUAUAAAUGUGGUCAAGUGGACACCCGAGGGCCGGCGCCUGCUCACCGGCUCGACAAGCGGCGAGUUCACCUUGUGGAACGGCAUGGGCUUCAACUUCGAAACCAUCAUGCAGGCUCACGAGUCUGCGAUCCGCUCCGUCGCAUACACCCACACCGACGACUGGCUCCUAUCGGCAGAUCAGACCGGUAUUGUCAAGUACUGGCAAACAAACUUCAACAACGUCAAAGAGAUCCAGGCCCAUACCGAAGCAAUACGAGGGCUUGCGAUUGCUCCGACCGACGCGAAGUUCGUAACAUGCGCCGACGAUACCACGCUGAAGAUAUGGGACUUCGCUAGCAGCGCGGAGGAGUCAACUUUGACGGGACAUGGAUGGGAAGUGAAGACGGUCGACUGGCAUCCUACGAAAGGCCUUCUGGUAUCGGGGUCGAAGGAUCACCAGGUUAAGCUGUGGGAUCCGCGAACGGGUCGCUGUCUCACGACACUUCAUGGACAUAAGAACCCAAUAUCAAAGACUAUGUUCGAACCUGUCCUGGGAAAUCUUAUGGCAACCUGCGCCCGUGACCACACAGCUCGGAUAUUUGACCUGCGGAUGAUGCGCGAUGUCCUGCUGCUUCGAGGACACGAGAAGGACGUCAUCACCAUGGCAUGGCAUCCUAUACACAAGAAUCUGCUCUCGACGGGUGGUGUUGAUGGCAGCAUCAUGCACUACCUGCUGGACGAACAGAAUCCACCUCCGGGAGUGGCACCAUCAAUACCUCCCUACGAUGCGGCCGACCCACAAAAUGCGCCUGCACAAACUAUCUAUCCCGCACAUAGCAUUCAAUAUGCUCAUGACUUCACGGUCUGGACGCUUGACUGGCAUCCCCUCGGACAUAUCCUGGCCUCAGGUUCCAACGACCGUGUAACGCGCUUCUGGACGCGCCCAAGGCCCGGAGACAACGCAUGCUUCAAUGACCGGUAUCACAUUGGCCAGGCCGCAGCAGAAGCACAGGGUACAUACGACCGCGGCCGUAACAGGCAGCAGAUGCGCGAAGAGGAAGAGCUUGAAGCGGAAGAUGAAGCCGAAGGGCUUCAAGAUCAGAAGUUGCCGUCGAAGAACCCAGGAGUACCUCUACUACCCCCUGGUCUCACUCUUCCAGGCCUCAACGCAGCAGCCGAUGGUACAAGUAGUGCACUACCUGGGAUCGGUGGCGUGCCGCCGCCCCCAGCAAACCUGCCCCAUGGCAUGCCCUUUCCCCCUCCCAAUCCGAACGCUCUACCUCCUCCAGGCGCAGGCUUUCCGCCGCCGCCGUUGCCAGCCAUGGACCCCCAGCGACUCGCUCAACUCAUCGCUUCCGGCGCUCUACCUCCUCCGCCUUUACCCCAAGGUGCGCCGCCUGGUGCGCCGCCUGGUGCCCCACCACCGUUUCCGCCUCACCUGAACUUCCCCUUCCCUGGAGGUAUGCCGCCACCCGGUAUGCCUCCGCCGCCCGGUUCAUUCCCUCCGGGAUUCCCUGGUUUCCCACCGCCACUUCCAGCCGGUAUGAGCGUUGCUGGCAGCCCAUCGCCUCCGCAGAAUGGUGGACCUGUAGGCGGACCUGUUGGCGGCGUUGGAAUGGAUGGAGGGGCUGGUGGGAGUGUUAGGAGGCGAGCGCCUCUGCCUAGUCAGCAGGAGAGUUUGAAGGCAGAGAUGAGGAAGGGACAUUAUCGGAAGCCUAGAUGAGCCUAGGGCCUGAGUUAGUUGAUGAGCAUGACGCCUGAAUGCGUUCGGAGGGAACAGGCCAAGGAAAGGAUCAUUUUGUAUCAUCAGUGUAGUGUUAGGGGCAUGGGCUAGGCGCAGUGGCGUUUUGUCGCAUGUGCUAGAGCGAUAGCAUAGUGGAGGCGAUGGAAUGCAAUACCCGAUGUUCUCCUU